CCUGCCCAACGAAAUCAAAAUAAUCGAUAAAGUCAGGCAGUUUUAUUCGUACAGCAAACUUUUCAGUUUUUCCACUUGAAAUAAUUUCCUUUAGCAACAAUACUUUCUAAUAAACCUAGUUAACAAUAUUAUGUUAACUAUCUUUUCGGGCAUUAAGUCGAAACUAUUUCUGGUUUCGAAGUUCGGCUUAUAGCCGACAUUUAUUUAACGCAAGAUUUCAAAUAAAAUAAUUAUUAAGUUCAUGAAAAUGUUGGGUCGAAAACAAAGCCUAAAAGGGGAACCGGUACUAGCAGACUAUGGCCCCGAAGAAUCCCUAAACGAAAGUGCCGACAUAGAAUGGGUUAAUAAGUUAUGGGUUAGAAGAAUAUUAAGAUUAUGUGCUUUAUUAAGUUUAAUGUCAGUUUCUUUAAAUACUCCAAAAUCCUUUGAAAAAUAUCCAUAUUUACAAACUAUAACAUUUGCAGUGGAUUGUUGUGUUACUCUUCUAUUUACUGCAGAAAUGAUAGCCAAAAUGCACAUAAGAGGAAUAUUAAAGGGAGAUGUAGCAUACCUGAAAGAUCACUGGUGCCAAUUUGAUGCUUCUAUGGUAUUUUUUCUAUGGGUGUCAGUUUUAUUGCAAAUGUUUGAAUUGACUGGUAUAGUGCCAAGAUAUAGUUAUUUAAGUAUUUUACGGGCACCCAGACCUUUAAUAAUGAUUAGGUUUUUAAGAGUAUUUUUGAAAUUCUCUAUGCCAAAAUCUAGAAUCAACCAAAUAUUCAAGCGGUCAAGUCAACAAAUCUAUAAUGUGACCCUCUUCUUCUUGUUCUUCAUGUCACUGUAUAGCUUGCUAGGAGUACAGUUCUUUGGAGAAUUAACACACCACUGUGUCAGGAACUACACAGAUCCAUAUCAAAUAACCAUAAACUCAUUAGCCAUCCCUGAUACAUUCUGCUCUCCUGACCCUGGCUCAGGCUAUCAGUGUCCUCCAGGCAUGAAAUGCAUGAAACUACAUUUAUCAAAAUACAUCAUGGGUUUUAAUGGCUUUGAGGAAUUCACAACCAGCUUGUUUACUGUCUACCAAGCCUCUUCACAGGAAGGUUGGGUUUUCAUAAUGUAUAGAGCUAUUGAUUCAUUACCUACUUGGAGAUCAGCUUUAUACUUCAGUACUAUGAUAUUUUUUCUGGCCUGGCUAGUAAAGAAUGUUUUCAUAGCUGUAAUCACUGAAACAUUCAAUGAAAUAAGAGUGCAGUUCCAACAAAUGUGGGGGGUAAGGAACCCCAUUACAAAAGGUAGCACAACACAGUUCUUUACAGGAGAUGAUAAUGGAUGGAAACUGGUUACCAUUGAUGAAAACAAACAUUCAGGAAGUGCACCAGAAAUAUUUCACAGAUUACUAAGAUCUGCAUAUUUUCGCUUAUUAGUCAUGGGGGUUGUAUUAGCUAAUGGCAUAAUAACAGCAACUAUGAAUUUCAAACAUGAUGACAAUCCAAGAGAGUUUUUUUACGAAAAAUAUUAUUACAUAGAGAUUGCAUUUACAAUAUUUCUGGAUUUGGAAGCACUAAUAAAGAUUUGGUGUUUGGGGCUAAAGGGUUACUUCAAGCACUCAGUCCAUAAGUUUGAGUUGCUUUUGGCUAUUGGGACAACAAUCCAUAUUAUACCCCAACUUUACAUGUCAGGUUUUACAUAUUUCCAGGUACUUCGAAUAGUGAGGCUAAUAAAAGCGUCGCCACUAUUAGAAGGAUUUGUCUACAAAAUCUUUGGACCAGGAAAGAAAUUAGGAAGCUUGAUUAUUUUUACUAUGUGCUUACUUAUCAUCAGUUCUUCUAUUUCAAUGCAGCUGUUUUGCUUUCUAUGUGAAUUUACAAAAUUUGAAACUUUCGAUGAGGCAUUCAUGUCUAUGUUUCAAAUCCUUACUCAAGAAGCCUGGGUCGAGGUCAUGGAUGAGACUAUGGUUCGAACAAGUCAAACAUUGACACCUCUGGUUGCCAUUUACUUCAUAUUAUACCACUUGUUUGUCACUUUGAUUGUAUUGUCGCUUUUCGUAGCCGUCAUUUUAGACAAUUUGGAGCUCGAUGAGGAUAUAAAAAAACUAAAACAGCUUAGAUACCGCCAGCAAAGUGCUGAAAUUAAAGAAAGCCUACCAUUCAGACUGAGAAUAUUCGAAAAGUUUCCUGACAGCCCUCAGAUGACAAAGUUACAUAAAGUUCCAGGGGAUUUCAAUCUACCAAAGGUCCGAGAGUCGUUCAUGCGUCAGUUCGUGUGCGAGGUGGACGGCGAGGAGGAGGUGGGCGUGACGGGCGGCGGCGGCGACGUGUCGCGGCGCGCCUUCGAGUACAUCGGCGUCGCCAAGAUCGCCUUCCCCUACCGCAAGCGCUGCCUCGUCAAGACGCUGGUCGUGGCGCCGCCCUCGCAGCGGCCCAGCUCUGCGCUUAGGAGACAUGUCGUCAGCUCUAUCAUUGAAGACUCGAACAAUCAUAGGCCUCUACUCGGCGAUUCGGCCAUGCUAGCGACCGGGGGCAAAUCGGGCCUUAAGCCGCAGGGAACAAUUUCUAGUGCAAAACAACUGCGCGUCGAUCAAAAGAAGUUCGGCUCGCGCUCCAUCCGGCGGUCGGUGCGCAGCGGCUCCAUCAAGCUGAAGCAGACGUACGAGCACCUGCUGGAGAACGGCGACAUCGGGGCCGCCUCGCGCGUCGUGCCCUCCUCGCGCGCGCGCCCGCCCUACCUCGACAUCCGCCUGCUGCAGGCCAAGCGCCAGCAGGCCGAGAUGAGGAGGAAUCAAAGAGAAGAGGACUUACGCGAGAACCACCCCUUAUUCGACACGCCAUUGUUGAUAGUACCGAGAGAGUCCCGCUUCAGGAAGAUAUGUCGCGCCAUCGUAGACGCGCGAUACGACGCCCGACUAAGAGACCCUGUAACUGGCAAUGAAAGAAAAGUGCAUUACAAAAGUUUUCAUAACUUCCUUGGCCUAGUAACAUAUAUGGACUGGGUGAUGAUCAUGGUCACCACCCUAUCUUGCUUGUCGAUGAUGUUUGAAACACCUACGUAUAGAGUUAUGGAGAACUUUGUACUGCAGAUCGCCGAGUAUGGAUUCGUCGUCUUCAUGAGCUUGGAGCUGGCGCUUAAAAUUCUUGCGGAUGGCUUGUUUUUCACGCCGAAAGCCUAUCUCAAAGAUGCAGCUGCAGUACUUGAUGUUUUCAUCUACAUUGUGUCGCUGACGUUCCUGUGCUGGAUGCCGCUGCGCGUGCCGCCGGGCUCGGCCGCGCAGAUGCUGAUGAUCCUGCGCUGCGUGCGGCCGCUCCGGAUCUUCACGCUCGUGCCGCACAUGCGCAAGGUCGUCUACGAGCUCUGCAGAGGGUUCAAAGAGAUAUUAUUGGUAUCUACACUGCUGAUCUUAUUGAUGUUUGUGUUUGCAAGUUAUGGUGUCCAGUUAUAUGGUGGCAGGCUGGCAAGAUGUAAUGACCCUACUAUAACAAGGCGUGAAGAUUGCGUCGGUGUAUUUAUGCGUCGCGUGUUCGUUACAAAAAUGAAGAUAAGACCAGGACCAAAUGAGACAUUCCCAUCUAUGCUUGUACCCAGAGUAUGGGCCAAUCCGAAACGAUUUAACUUUGAUAACAUUGGAGAUGCCCUUCUAACAUUAUUUGAAGUGCUUUCAUUCAAAGGCUGGUUGGAUGUUAGAGAUGUAUUGAUCAAAGCUCUGGGACCGGUCCAUGCUAUCUACAUACACGUUUACAUAUUUUUGGGCUGUAUGAUUGGAUUAACCUUGUUCGUCGGUGUAGUGAUUGCUAAUUACUCAGAAAACAAGGGAACUGCUCUAUUAACUGUUGAUCAGCGGCGUUGGUGUGACCUUAAGAAGAGAUUGAAAAUCGCUCAGCCCCUGCACUUGCCCCCUCGCCCGAACAAACGUAAAGUCCGCGCUUUCGCAUAUGACGUGACACAGAACUUGAGCUUCAAACGAGUCAUCGCCAUCGUAGUUUUGAUCAACAGUGGGCUUUUGGCAGUAACGUGGUCUCGCUACUCGCCGUACACCGAGCAGCUGGCACUGACAUCAGCGCUCCUGACGCUGGUGUUCGUGGUGGAAGUGCUACUCAAGACCAUCGCUUUCACGCCGCGCGGCUACUGGCAGAGCCGCCGGAACCGAUACGACCUCCUUGUCACCGUCGCUGGCUGUAUAUGGAUAUUCAUGCAUUUUACUUUAAUGAACGACCUGUCAUAUUUCGUUGGGUUCAUGGUGGUUAUUCUUCGUUUCUUCACCAUCACUGGCAAGCACACGACCUUAAAGAUGUUAAUGCUGACCGUCGGAGUGAGCGUCUGCAAGAGUUUCUUCAUUAUAUUCGGCAUGUUUCUGCUCGUUUUCUUCUAUGCCCUGGCCGGCACCAUAGUAUUUGGUAAUGUGAAAUACGGCGAAGGGAUUGGAAGGAGAGCGAACUUCAACUCGCCGAUCCACAGCGUGGCCAUGCUGUUCCGCAUAGUGACGGGCGAGGACUGGAACAAGAUCAUGCACGACUGUAUGGUGGCGCCGCCCUACUGCACGCCCGCCGAUAACUACUGGGAGACCGACUGCGGGAACUUCACCGCCUCACUCGCAUACUUCUGUACCUUUUACGUUAUCAUCACGUAUAUUGUUCUAAAUCUACUUGUGGCUAUUAUCAUGGAGAACUUUUCGUUAUUCUAUUCAAACGAAGAAGAUGCCCUACUAUCGUACGCUGAUAUCAGGAAUUUCCAAAACACGUGGAAUGUCGUUGAUGUACACCAAAAAGGUGUCAUACCAGUCAGGAAGGUCAAGUUUAUACUGCGCCUCCUCAAAGGCCGUCUAGAAUGCGACACGCACAAAGAGCGGCUGUUGUUCAAAUACAUGUGCUACGAACUGGAGCGACUACAUAAUGGGGAAGAUGUCACCUUCCACGAUGUCAUCAACAUGCUAUCGUACCGUACGGUGGAUAUUCGUAAGUCACUGCAAAUGGAAGAGUUGCUUGCUCGGGAAGAGUUCGAGUUUUUGAUCGAGGAAGAAGUCGCGAAACAAACUAUAAGGACAUGGCUUGAAGGAUGCCUCAAAAAGAUACGAGCAAAUAGUAGCAAGCAACAAACUAGUCUGAUAGCUGGCCUAAGGAAAACAAAUGAACAGGCUGUCGAUAUGAGCAACGAAAAGGUUGAUAAAGAGAAAUUAGAAGCAGAAACUCAGCAAGUCGUAGCCAACAUAGGCCGUACGGAAAUGACAGAAUCUACAUCACAACCUGUUAUAUCAAAUAUAUCUUCGUCAUUUGAGUCGCAACCAAAGAGGUCUUCAACAAAAAGUCAAUUUAAAAGGCCUGGGUUACCAUCUGUUACAAUUCCAAGACCUGAGAGUCCGAUCAAAAAGUACCUCCAACCAACACUAAGUGAUCCACAUCCAACCCUUAUGAAGAAGUCUUCUAGUAAGUCGACGGUGAAGAGCAACAGCCGCGUGUCGCACAACAGCGCGCGCGACCAGCCCGCGCUGCACGACGUGCACGCCUGGUGGGCCGCGCACGUGGCCGGCCGCGCGCGCGACGAGUAGCGCACUCUACUGUACUGCACAACUAGUAGCAGGAGUACCUCUACUUAGUGGGAGAAAGCGCAGCUCAUUUCUUUUCAUAUACAUAAUUACAUCUCGAAAGUAGCUACCGUACUAUAUUAUGUCGCCAGCUCUUCCUCCCGCACCUAAUUUAAAUUCGACCUAACAGUAGUAUAUUUGAUGAAAGUCUGUAAUGUUAUCGCCAAAGACAUGUUUUAAAUUGUUAGGUGUAGAUUUGAUAAAUAUAUUUUAAAAUGUUACCCAAAUACGAUGAAUAAUUUUAUGUGUUGUUAGUAGAGUAAUAAUAAAAAAUAUUAAAAGUU